AUGGAAACUGGAAAUGCAACAGCAUCUUUGAAUGAUUUCGUUUGGACAAUUGCAUUAUAUAAGGCAGAUGCAGCUAUUUGUGGAAGUAAUACAGCAUUGGAAAUGGGUUAUCAAAAUCCUGAUAUCAAUUCGGAAAGAACAGAUGUUCCAGAAGGAAAUUUUAUUGCAAAAGAUAUUAAAUCUCCAUUUUUAGUUGUACUUGAUUCAACUGUAAAAGUCGGAUGGAAGCAAGGAUAUGCCAACAAGCCUCUAAGUCCAACAGCAAAUAUAAUUGAGGUGCUAUCAGAGAAAGCUUCUCCACAAUACAAGAACUAUUUUAGAAGACUCAACAUAUCUUACAUCAUUGCCGGAAAAGAUCAUGUAGAUCUUGUUCCAGCUGUUCGUAAGUUGAAGAAUGUAUUCGGUAUUAAAGUUCUUGGAGUGCUUGGUGGUGCUACAUUAUGUUGGUCAGUUGUUAAAUCAGGAAUCUGUAAUGAACUCUCAAUUUGCUUAUCUGUUGUUGGAGAAGAAGAAGGCAAAAAACCACGAUUCUUGCGCUCAGGUGAUGUUGUUGAAAUCUCUCAAAAUAUUAAACAUUAG